AUGGGCACUCCGAGUUAUGCGUUGGACCUGACGGUCAUUGGGCUAAACAGUCGCGCGUCCAUGGAAGACCCGGAAUCUCUUGUGCAUUUUGAGCUCCUGAAAUAUGGGGAGAUUCCACUCGAGCCUACCACAUCUCCGUCGGAAUUAUCAGAAAUGAAUGUCAUCUUAGGCGAGACCAAAAGCGCCCUUACCAUGGCCGAGGGCUCAUUUCUCGCCGCUCGCACAGGCAUUACCACCGUUACGGACUUUCGAGUCAGUGACCAGGCUGCAGGCCGUCAAGGCGCCCCGCUGAUUGCAUUCUUUGAUGCCCUUCUUCUACACCAUCCUACUAAGCUUCGCGCGUGUCAGAACAUUGUUGGCAUUGCCAACGUUUGCUUCAUCCCGCCCGAUAUCGAAGGCCGGGUGGUUCAGUGCUACGAUUCCGAUACAGGCCCCGGUAACGUGUUUAUAGACGCAGUAGCCCGGUAUUAUACCAACGGCGAACGCGAAUAUUAUAAAGAUGGCGAGAUGGUACUUCCGCCUCGACCCCCCCCCAAAACCACCGGCCGGGAAGUCUUCCGCGAUACAUUAGCCUUCGAAUUAAUCGAAAAGGCUGAGAGAAAAGCUCUUUCCUCAGACGACGUUGUGGCUACCAUUACUCGCAUCACAGCUCAAGCGAUCGUCGACCAUUACAAGCGAUAUGCACCUAAGCGCCUGGAGAUCGCCGAGAUAUUCAUGUGUGGCGGCGGUGCUUAUAACCCUAACAUCACAUCUUACAUUCCGGAACAUUACCCCAACACCAAGAUUGUGUUGCUGGAUGAGACCGGUAUCCCGGCUGCCGCUAAGGAUGCUAUUGCUUUCCCAUGGCAAUGCAUGGAGGCAAUUGUUGGACGUUCUAUUCCUGUCCCGACGCGCGUUGAAACAUGUCAGGAAUAUGUCUUCGGUAUAGUGUCACCCGGAAAGAACUAUCGGAAGGUUCUCCGGAAGGGCAUACUUCUUGGGGCUGGAUGCGACCAUCUACCACCGGCGAAGGAGUUGCUUAACUAUCUGGACGGAACGGCCUUCGAUAAUAAAUAG